UUUAGUUAUCUACUGUCGUACGAAUUGUCAAAUCGUAUCGAUUUAGCCGUCAUCUAGCAGCUGUUAAAAAAACUUCACAAGUUACGAUCAAGUAAUAAUAAUCUUCUAAAAAAUAGUUUAAUAUUUUAAUACUUUUAACAUAUAAGAAAAACAAUGGAAAUGGCUAAGUUACGAAUCUUGUCAAGAAAUUUACAAAUAUCAGUUCUAGUGUGAAAGGAGUUGGUUUCACUCGGUAUUUACGUGUGAAUGUAUAUUUAAUAGAAUAGAAAGAGAAAUAGAGAUGAAUUGAGUGGGGAAAACAGAAAGAGAAAGAGAAAAAGAAAGAGAAAAAGAGAGAAAGAGAAAAAGAGAGAAAGAGAGGGAGAGAGAGAGAGAGUUAGGAAGAAAAGAAGAGAGGUAAAUAAUGCUAUGGUGAACUCGAUGUUCCCUCACGAAAGACAGUCGCAAAAUCGCAUGCGCGGCAGUUACACAUGCAUAUACUUUAGAAUUUAAUGGUAAGAGUAAAGUGAGAAUUGAUAUCUACAAAAAAAAAUAAGAAUAAAAAAAGAAAAAUAAAAAAAGUUCAUAAGAAUUCAUAAAGGAUUGAAAUGCCGAUGGAAUCUUCGAUAUACUGGAAUUCAUUCGAUUCCCAGAAGACUUCAAGUGGAAAUUCUAACAAUAGCGAUCGUCACUACGUUGAUCCUUGGGAUUUGGAAAAUUAUGUUUAUCUUCGACGAUAUAGUAUUAAUGUUCCGACAUUGCGUUAUCAACAGGAUCGACGAACUUGUUGUCAAUCUGAAUAUUGGUAUAGCCAAUCAUUAAGAGAAGCACAGUAUAGUGUACCAGCCUUUACGCAAAAAUUAUACUGUGACUCGUCCUGCAGAAAGGAGAACAAUGCCUACUAUUAUCAUCAUCCCAUCUACGAAGAUGAAAUUUCGAAUACUGCUUCGUAUUCAAUCUACUCACCUAUUUCUGCUUUACCAUCUUGUGAAAUGAUGAAAAAUUAUUCGAUAUCUGACUAUAAUUAUAGAUCCUUAUACGCAAAUUCACAAAUACGUAAAGAUACAGAUCAUAGAUACGCAAGAAAUUAUUCUCAUCGGAAUAUAUCCAACGAUAAUGUACGAUAUUUUGAUAAAUUGCAAUAUAACGUGGAAGAAUAUUAUAUGAGUACAAGAAUGGCUCCAGUAGAAGAAAAGCAUAUGACGGAUGUGAUAGCACCAUUAAAUCUUGAUUUGAAUACAUAUGGGCAUCUUAAAAUCGAUUACACAGACAGUUGGAAUUCUUUAAAAAGAAAAAUUAGCAAAUGAGUAGAUUUUAAUUAAUAUUUUACGCAUUCAAUAUUUGACAAUUUCCGUGUAUUUAAAAUUAUAUAUGUAUGUUUUUUUCUUAAUAUAUCCACAUAAUUUCUAAAUGUUUCAUCUAAACGUGCUUUCUUUUUCUAUAAAAUUUAUAUGUGUGAUUAUUUAACAUGAGAAAUGCAAUGUAUUAUGUUAAUUGAUUUAUAAACAUUAAGAAUUAUAAACAAAAUAAUUAUAAAGAAAAUAAUAUUUUUAAUAAUAUUUUAAAUAAUAUUUAUAAAGAAAAUCAAUAUAUAUGCAAAUGUGAAUAUUAUAUAUCAAUUAUCGCCUCUUUAUCUUCAUAAUAAAGUUUUUUCUUUCUUUUAGUAGUUGUCGACGUAUCUUCGUCUUUAUCAUCUUCAUUCUCCAUAUCAGUAGCAAUAACUUUCGGCACUUUCGAUACAUUUAAUCCAGACCACCUUAAAGUAAAGUUUAAUUUAAAUUUUAAUAUUAAGUUUCAUCAUUUAAUAUGUUAUAAUAUAUAACAAAUUUAUUGCCUGAAAAAUGGUUUUUCUUUUUUUUUUGUAUUUUUAGUUUUAACAUUUGCUGAUAGUUGGUUUGACAUGUUAUCGAUCGCUGGAUGCUUUGCUUUUUUUCUUUGAUACUGCGUAUUAGAUGUUUUAUAACAAAAUCAAUAUAUUAGAAAGUACAUAAACUAAAAAGUAUGUAAAAAUGUAUAUACAUUUUAUUAUAUUUUUAUAUAUUUAGUGCACACUUAUUUAAGUCAAAUACCUGUUGUUUCGAUUCCAAUAAUGUU